AUGUAUAAUUUAAACCCAAAUAGGGGUAUACCAAACAAGUGCCUGCCGUUGGAUUUCAUGGGUAUGUACGCGUUGGCUGGCCGCGAGCCUGACCGACGAGUGAGAGGACUCGUGAGGCAAUACAUGUUAGCUGAUGUGGUGAGACGCAGAGAAUACGUGAGGAAUAUUACCGUGGGGACUAAGGUGGAGCGCGCCGUGUCUCAGUUGCCUCACAUCCUGCCAGACUACAUGAUGGUGUUCGCUGUACCUGUGUUGGCUCACGACCCCGCCUUCACGGCUCACGAUAAUGUACAGCAACUAAAGGUGGUGAAACAAUGUCUAUGGUUCAUACUGGAACCGCUUAUAACACGCAAUGACUUCUACUGCUACGGAUUCUACAAAAGCUUGGUUGAAAGAAUGAAGAAUCACAAAGACGCUCUAAAUGAAACUGAUGACUCGGUUAAUUAUAAACUCUGGGCGACGUGUGACCUAGCCAUGUCAGUCAUCUGGGCUCGGUCUAGUAGUUUUGAGCUCCGAGACUUCCCAUCUGACGCUCGCAUCCCCACCAUGUACUUCGCUCCUCAGCCAGACUUCUUCGUCAACACAAGGGUUUUCCUACCGCCGGAGCUACAGUUCCAACCAAAACGCCAGGCUCCUACAGAAACAAACACAAAGGCAAAGAAACGUCCCAGACAAGACAAGGAUUCAGAAAAUACUAAUGAUGUAGAGCCCUCUGAAGCGUCGGAAACGCAAAUAAUUCUACCUGGGAUCGAACAACCACCGGAAACAGAAUUAGAUGAACCGCAAACAAAACGCGCCUUAAGCGACUGA